AUGUCACAGCCUCGUACCGGUCAUGAGCCAGAUCGCUCACGCUCACUCACGGUGACGCCUCGUCGUGGUUGGUUCACUAAGCGCUUUCCCCUCCCCUCCUCACGCCCCCAAUCCUUCCCCCUCUCCCUUCCCGCCCUCUUUCCCCUCACUUCCCGCGCCCUCCUCCCUCCUCCGCCCCAUCCCCAUCCGUCCGCGUUCCCCGUCCUCUCCUCCUCCCCCUCUCCCCGCGUGCGUGCAGCGUUCGAGCGGUGGAGCGACGCGGCGACGUGGGGGGGCGGAGACAUUCUGGGGCAGGGCGCGCUGGAGGGCGCGAACGUGACCAUUCCGUGCGGCAAGGCCGUGCUGCUCGACACGUCGCCCGUGCUGCUCACUCUCCUCAAUAUUCAAGGCGUCCUCAUGUACUCCCCUCCCUUCCCCAUCCCCCCCUUCCCUUCUCCUUCCCCGUUCCCUCCCUGCUCAGCUCACUUCAUGCCUUCACCUGACCGAAUCCCUUCCCGUCCCUACCAUCUCCCUUCCUUCUAUCCCCUCCUCCCCCCCGGUUUCCUCCACUUCCCGCGCUCCCUUUCCGCCCUUUCUCCUCUUCCCUCCCUUCAUUCGCCCCCAUCUCCCGCCCCUCCCCGUUUCCUCCCUUCCAACACACACUCAUCUCCCUUCUCCCUCCCUCCUCCCAGGUUCGAGGACACUGCCUCCCUCCCUCAGUUGCUCCUCAACGCGUCCUUCAUUCUCCUGCAGGGCCGUCUGGCCAUCGGCGCGCAACAGCAGCACUUCUCCCAGCGCGCCGUGCUCACGCUCACGCCCAACCCCAGCGCGCGCGCGCCGCUGCUCGUCGCCGACCCCCUGCCCGCGGACGCCGCCAAUCCGCGCAACCUGGGGCACAAGGCGCUCGCUGUGGCACGGCAGAUGGAUAAUGGCGCGGCGCUGCAUGCCCCUCCGCCCCCCCUCUCCCUUCCCCCUAGGAGGGCGAUUGGAUCUGCACGGAAUGCCCGGGGGGCCUUCCACCCGCUCCUGGUGCCAGCUGACGAAAACGGCGGCAGCUGGCGCCACGUCACUGCUGGUGGGCGCUGA